AUGAACAAGAAGGUGCCUUGUUCUUCUGGGGUAGUUCAUGUUACACCAUUUUUUGUGGGUCAAGCUUUUAAAACCAAAAAAGAUAUACAAGGUCACGUGAAGAUGCUUUCAAUAAAAACAAGGAAGGCCCUACACAUGGAAAAAAAUGAAAAAUUGAGGUUAAGAGUCAAGUGUAAAGGGGUGGUUCCAGAUUCCACUGAUGGUGGGCCCUCCACUAUAAGUAAAGCCACAUCGAAGGGAAAAACUGUAAUUUCACAAAAAGAUUCUUGUCCUUUUGCUAUUCAGAUUUCUAGAUCUACGGAAGAGGAACAAUGGUUGGUGAAGACAAUUAUUGAUGAUCAUUUAUGCUUACAAAGUAGAAAUGCGAAGGCAUGUACAUCUAGAUAUCUUGCAAGCACUAUUCUCCAAAAAAUGGAUUCUAACCCUCGCAUCCCAGUAACAGCCUUACAAGAAGAGCUUCAAAUGGAUUUGGAAUUAAGCAUAUCAAGAAUGAAGGUGUUCAGGGCUAAAUCAAUUGCAAAGGAACAACUGUAUGGUGACUACGAAAGGCAAUAUAAUUUGCUGAGAGAUUACUGUUUGGAGUUACAAACCAAUAACCCAGGUACAACAGUGAAGCUAGAAGUGUGUAAUGAACCAAAUCCUGAUGUUCAAACUCGUAUUUUCAAGAGGAUAUACAUUUAUCUUGGAGCACUUAAGUUGGGGUUCAAAUCUGGAAAAAGGGAAUUAUUAGGAUUGGAUGGAUGUUUCUUGAAAGGACCACACCCUGGACAAAUUCUAACAGUUGUAGGUCUUGAUUCCAACAAUGGAAUAUAUCCACUAGGUUAUGCAGUUGUGGAAGCUGAGACAACAAGUUCAUAG